AUGGCCGCCGGACUUCUCAAGUUCAAGGCACCCCCUGUCUUCUCGGGCAAAGGAGGAGAAGACGCCGCCGACUGGAUGGAUCGAUACGAGGUACUAGCAGACUACAACCAGUGGACCGACGCAGACAAACGAGCAAACUUCGGCAUUUACCUCGAAGGACCAGCAAGACAGUGGUUUCAAUGCCUGACACCACCCAACGGGUGGGGAGACACUGCGGCAGUAGCAGCCACCCAACAACAGGCCGGGACACCGGCGAUAAGCGGAAUGCGUUCCAUCUUCAUAAAAGAAUUCUUUCAAGAUAGCUAUGCCGGAUAUCAAGAAAGGAAACUUCGGAACCACAAACAAGGCAUAAACGAACUCGCCGCAGAAUACUACUACGAGAUAAUAAACUUAUGCCGAUUGAUGGACCCUAACAUGUCCGAAGAAGCAAAACUAAACCACCUCUACGAAGGACUAAAACCUACAUUGGUGGAGAAAAUCUGGGUCCUACAACCCAAAACUUGCAUCGACUUCCUAACAGCGGUAAGGAGACACACCGAAGCAGCCGAACUAGCAUGCAACAAAGGAUGGGCCGUCCACAUGCUAGCAGAAGAAAGGGAGAGAGAAGAGGAAACAAGAGUCGCAGCAGCAACCAGCAGGGAUAACGAGGAACCCUCACUCAAGCAACUUCUAGAAGUCCUGCAACAACUACAAGGAGAAAUAGUCGCUAUGAAGAAACACGGGGGAAGGAAGGAGAGGAGCCGAGCAGACAACGGAACAACACAAAGCCAGAAUGAAGCAACACCCUCACAAAGGACAGCAGAUGGACGGCCGAUCUGUUUCUACUGCAAAGCCGAGGGGCACAUUAGGAGAUACUGUCCAAAAAAGAAAGAAGACGACGACAGACGUAACAACACGACCGUCGCAAUGAUCAGCACAUCGGACGAAGAAGAUGACAAGGAGAUACCCCUGCUAUAUAUCGACGUGGGACAACUGUUGACCGAAGAAGUGACAAUUGGAACAAACGACACGGAAAAAAGACCGAAGCGAACUCAAGACCUGGGAGGCGCCACAAAUCGUAAUGGUAAACGGACAGCGGACACCCCCUUAGGAAGAUUGGAGCUGACAAUAACCAUUGGAACGACAACAGUCCAAGCGAAGGUGCUAGUACUGGAGAUGCGAGGGAUCAACCUACUCUUAGGCAACGACGUGCUGAGACGUUUUAAAAAACUGGAGAUCGAAUACGGCAAGGGGAAAACAAAGAUGCGAUUCGGCGAUCUACCAGUACGGAUGGCAAUCGAAGACCAAACACCAACACCGGCCACAAAGAUAGUAGCAAAAAGUGGGGCAAGAAUCCCAGCAAGAUCCAUGGCGGCCGUGGAGAUAGAACAAACUGAAGCGACAAAACCAACAUUGGACGGCCGCCCCUGGAUGAUAGAACCAGCAACCAACCGCACAUCAGGACCUACACCAGGAAGAGCUCUCAUGCCUGGCGACUGA